AUCACGAGCACUGCCAGUAGUGGGACCGCCUCUCUCACCACUGCUACCACGACGAGCAGUUGGGGAGGCAGUGGUGCCGGCGGUGGAGGUGUGACAGUGCGUCAGUUGGAGGAGAGAUUGAACAAGUGGCUGCUUGAGGCUCGGGAACAAGAGGAACGCUUCUUGAAGCAGGCGCAGCACGUCAACGCGUGGGACCGCGUGCUGCAGCAAGGACACGCGCAAGUGCACAGCCUGCGAAACGCUCUUGACGCAGUCCAGAGCGAUCAAAAUCGACUAGAAGCCGAGUUAGAUUUUAUUCGAGGUCAACAAAAUGAGCUGGAGCAGCUCUUAGCCCCGCUAGAAGAAGCGGUGGGCAAGCCUGAGAUUGUAGGCAUGGGUUCGGGCAUACAUCAGGGCGACCGACAGCGAGAAAACAUGUACCACAUGGCACAGAAUUUGGACGGUCAGUUAAGACAGAUGUCAGAAGACUUGGUUAAGGUGAUCGAGCACGUGAAUGCAAUCAACGGGACUGCCGAGAAGCAAGAUUCACCUGUAAGUCUUGUAGCCAAGAUACUGUCUGCGCACAUGGACACACUCAAAUGGGUAGAUCAGAAUGCCUUACUACUUUCUCAGAAAGUAGAUGAAGUUUCAAAACAUUUUUAGACUUGAUUCGAUCAAUCUGGACAUUACUAUUCCUCUCUUGCCAGGUUAUAGAAUUAACGCUCAUCAUUGAUAUGGAAUAAAAGAAAACGUUUA